AAAAUCGAAGUUGGAAAAGAGGAGAGAGAAUGGGUGUGGUGAAGCUGGCUAUUUGCGAUGGGCUCAUCACAUUCACGUGGAUGUUCUGCGUUUCCGGACUAGGCGUUUUGGCGUCCAUCAUAGCGUCAGCUCUCAAUCUGGACCAUCAUCUGGUGGGCCCACUCCCCAAUCUCGUUAUCGACACCGUUCUCAUUUCUCUCAUCGUCUUCUUCUUCACACUCCUCGGCCAGCUCUUGGGUGGCGCCAGCUUCAAUCCCACAGCCACCGCCUCUUUCUACGCUGCUGGCGUUGGUGGGGUCCACGACGACCUCGUUUCUGUCGGCCUGCGCCUCCCUGCACAGGCAGCUGGGGCAGUUGGUGGGGCCAUGGCGAUCAUGGAAUUCAUGCCUCCACAGUACAAACAUAUGCUUGUGGGACCUUCUUUGAAAGUCGACCAGCACACUGGGGCCAUUGCUGAAGGUGUCUUGACCUUCUUAAUAAGCUUUGCUGCUCUUCUCAUAAUCCAGAAGGGGCCCAAAAAUGUACUGUUGCAGACAUGUCUGCUAUCUGUUUCGACCAUGUCAAUGAUUGUUGCAGGAUCUGGUUAUACUGGGCCAUCCAUGAAUCCUGUCAAUGCGUUUGGCUGGGCAUAUCUCAAUAAAUCCCACAAUACAUGGGAGCAGUUCUAUGUUUACUGGAUUUGCCCCUUCAUUGGAGCGAUUCUUGCUGCUUGGGUUUUCCGGUUUAUCUUCCCACCUCCUGUUAAGCAGAAGAAAGCCUGAGAAUACUAAGUACUCUCUCUCUCUCUCUCUCUCUCUCUCUCUCUCUCUCUCUCUCUCUCUCUCUCUCUCUCUCUCU